AUAUAUAUUUUAGGUGCUUUUAAUGAAAACCAAUUAACUACAAACGACUCCUGUUAUUCGGGUAUUUUUACAGUGAAGUUUGUGUUAAACAACAUUUCUCAGCGGAUAAAUUCAGUCACGUGAUCCGUUACCCUGCGGAACUCCGCCGGCGGAACGCUUCGCUUGUUGCUAUGGGGCGGAGCGGACCACAUUGUGUGUUACACCGAAGUGUUUCCGGAAUCAUGUUUGGUAACUGAGCAGAGGUGAAUGCCGAAGAAACUCCACAGGUAACUAAACCAUGAAGCUCCCACUGAGCGUCUGUAGUUAGUCCACAGUUAGAGUUUAACAACAGGUGAGUGAGCCGCGUGACGUGUGCAGUCAGCCGCUGCAGGUGAGUCUCAGGUGUGACUGACUGCAGCCAUGUUGCUGCCUCUGCUGCUGCGGCCGCCCCUCUGCCUUCCUCAGGCCUCGGUGGUAUUAACGCGAUGCGUCCGGACGCUUCGCUGUGGCGCUCCGAGGGGGCUGCGCUCUCAGGCUAAGAACUUCCUGUGGCGGUGGCGUCCUCAGCGCCUCCACAGUCGGGGGCGGAGCAGGAAGACCCAGAGUCAGGAGGAGGAGUGGAGGAACAGGAACAAUACUGCGCUGACCUACAUCGCCGCAGCCGGCGUGGGAAUGAUCGGCCUGGCAUACGCCGCAGUGCCGCUGUAUCGACUCUACUGCCAGGCAACAGGGCUCGGCGGCACGGCGGUGGCCGGACACGACGUGGAGCAGGUGGCGACGAUGACGCCCGUGAAGGAGCGCGUCAUCAAGGUGACGUUCAACGCCGACACGCACGCCAGCAUGCAGUGGAACUUCAGGCCGCAGCAGACGGAGAUCUUCGUGGUUCCCGGGGAGACGGCGCUGGCGUUCUACAGAGCCAAGAACCCCACAGACAAACCGAUCAUCGGCAUCUCCACCUACAACGUGGUGCCCUUUGACGCCGGACAGUACUUCAACAAGAUCCAGUGUUUCUGCUUCGAGGAGCAGCGCCUGAACCCUCACGAGGAGGUGGACAUGCCCGUCUUCUUCUACAUCGACCCCGAGUUCGACAACGACCCGCGGAUGGCGCGAGUGGACACCAUCACGCUGUCCUACACCUUCUUCGAGGCCAAAGAGGGUCAGAUGCUUCCUCUGCCCGGAUACAGCUACAGCUGAGCGAGGGCUCCGCCUUUCUCCAAGGAAACGAAGGAAAAAACUGUUCGGAUAAUCGAGACUCUUCACUCUGACGUCACGUUAAAAGUCUGAUCAUCAAACGUCCCGACGGAGGAGCUCUGUGCGCCGGAGGGUCGAAGCAUUUCCAGGAAGUUGCAACAUGAAAAUGUACAAGGAAAACAUUUCUGU